GUAUUCCAUCGUAAGUCCAAAUCACCUGAUGAAUGAAAUUUAAUUGUGGUUGUUACUCCAGGCCUCGUCCAAUCAGUUUCAAGCACGCAGCACAGUCUUGCAUUUCACUGCUCAUUAGAAUGGAAUUAUCACAUUUGCAAACGUACCUGUGCGAUUCAGUUUGGAAAGUAGAGCAGAUGAAAAGUGUAGCUUUGCAUCAUUAUCUGAUUCUCUUCUCACCAUGGACAAGUCAAAAGACACAUGGUUAGAAGAUUGGAACUGAUGACAUGAAUUUUAGGAGGCUUUUCUGAGACAGCUUUAUUUCUGAUCUGGCCAAUUGUGCAUUUCACGGUGUAGAGCCUACGGGUUGCUGUUGUUUAUCAGGGAACUCUAAUCUUUAUUUCCCAACAUGGGUGAUGAGGACAUCAUGCCUGAGGAAUGCGAUAAGUACUGGAACAUCAGUGAGGAGAACGUUUCCAAGUGGCUUUUUACCCAAGGCGACGGAGUCUUUAUCACCAUCAUCAUACCAAUCAUUUGUGGUUUUGGUGUCAUCACCAACUUGGGUUUCCUGUGCGUUGUGUUCUGUGUGCCCAAGAUGAGAUCUGGCAUUUAUGUCUACCUGUCACAGUUGGCAGUGGCUGACUCACUAUACCUUAGUCUAACCUCGGCAUACUUCAUUUGGUCAUAUGCAGCAUCUCCGGUAUUUCACCACUUCCCAUUCUCAAACUCGGGUGGCUGCAUGAGUUUUUUUACCGUGCGUUUCACCUCCAUUGUUGCCUCUGUGGCACUGAUAACUAUGGCCUUGUACGAUCUGUACCUCACCCUUUGCCACCCUUUGAAACAUCGUGUAGUGCACAGUUGGUGUCGAACCUGCAGGAUUACUGUAGGCUGCUGGCUGGUGGGACUCCUUGGCGGUGUGUCAUUGGCACUUGAUUCCUCAACUGCUCAAAAGAAUUGUCUGCAGUGGCCUCACGAUGACAUGUAUCAAGAAUUACCUACAGUGGUCAUAGCCUGUACUCCAGCCCAUCCAAAUGUUGUGUAUUAUUCUGGACUUCUCUUCACUGUGCCUUGGCUAUUUGUUAUUUUUGCAGUUGUGUACAUGUGCAUCCGCAUCAGUCGUGCACUACGUGAACGCAAGGCUAUCAAUAAAAGGAGACAAGUGUUACAAAAUCAACGUCAAAUGACGAGAAUGAUUGUCAGCAACAUAGCCAUCUGCAUCAUGUGCCAGAUCCCAGCACUGAUCAGAAAUGUUUCUGUGUUCGUUGCUUCGCUCACUGGGGUCCCCAAACCAGGAGCGGCAUGGAGAGGCUCCCUUUGGUUGAGCGUUGUUUUUCAGCUGCUAAACAGUGCAGUAAACCCCCUGCUCUACGGUGCCAUCAAUGCACAGUGCCGGGCUGCCUUCUUGCGAGCGCUUUCCUGCAGGAAGAGGAAACCUGAAGACAAGGAUGCAGAUGACAGCAAAGUCAAGAUUGAAAGUGCAUGUAAUACUCUACCAGUGCAUCAAAUCAAUCAAGACACAAAUAUGACUUGGCUUUGAAUUCAUCAGUAGAAAAACAGGCAUGAUGCUGCAGAGGUCUGUAGGGUUUCAUCACUCUCCCCCCCUGGCUCCUCCCACAAGAAAAAGGUAUUCUAAGAAUAGUUGCAGUUUAUUAGUGAUUUCUAUAACGAUUGCCAUUUUCUGACGAUCAAAACAUUUUCGAAUGAACAGUUUUAAAAUAGUUUCUGAUGCCUCACCCUAAUUUUAAAGAACCUCCUAUGCAGUCAAUUGCUUUUUAAUCUGUCAUCAAUUUUUGGAAUACCUUCUUCAGUUCCACCAAGACCCUCGACAAUCAAAUCUUUUUAGAGCUCCAAUCAAUUGCCCUGAUGUAAAUUUAGGAACAGACCAUGUGCACUUGGCAUACACCAAUUUGUAGUUUAACUGUUUAUAGGUGAGAAAUUUGACUAGUUUGUGUUUACAUCAGCUAUGGCAUGAACUGGCUAUUCUUGGUGAAUUCUGUCUUUUGGUUUAACACUGCUUCAAGCAUUUGGCCAGGUGAUUAUCAAUGGGUCGUAUGAAUAAAAAGUAGCAUUUGCUUUUACUACCACUCUUGAAGCAUUUACUCAUGUUUGUAUAAAUAAUAAUGAAGCAAAGGCUUUCACUUUAGUGCAGUUGCUAUUAAGUAAAAGUAUUUACUUUUUACUCUU